UUAGCUCUAUCAAUAUCACAUCACUACUACAGUUGCGCAACUAACCACAAGCCACCAAAGAAUUUUACAAGUAAACAUGACGGAACUUUAGAAAGCAAAAUGAAGUUUCUAAAGACAGAUGCUGAUACAUUCGCUCACUUUGGUAGACACCAAAACCACCAGUCACCAGAAACUCCUGUCUGCUCCCCAUUCGGCAUUCAGCCUGGGAUUGUCAAACAAAACCGAGAGAAAUUCUGCAAUGAAAUGGAGUGUCAUUCGAACCAUCAUACAAACCCAGUUUCCCCAAUUACCAAACCGGAACUAUGGCCCCAUACUCCCACAGCUGGGCUGCAUAAUUCGCGUUUCGACGUUGGAACAAACUCAAGCGCUUGCAAUUCGUCAAGCUUUAUCGGUGCAAAAACAACUAAUGUGAUUACAGAUGACCAAGCAUGUUCCGACAAAUACGUUAGUCCGAAAGACAACCAGGGGAUGACAGUCAUUUCAAGUUUAUCGGACAGCAAUAUUUUUAAAUAUAAGAAGCAAAUGACCUCGCUUAGGACAGGAACCACGGAUGAUAUCCAUCAUAACCAAGCACAUUCGUUGUCGCCAAACUCCCUUUUCUCUUCCACCACAUGUUCUUCCGACCAGAUGUCCAAAGGAAACUGCAUUUACGGAUAUGAUAUUCCUCUCAUGAUGGAAAGUCCAUCAUAUAAUCCGCUUAUUUCUCGACUGCUCACUGAUGUGAAGCAGGCAAGCGACAAAACACAUUAUACAACACAUCUGCCAACUAAAAACAGAUCUAUUGUUUUAACUGCAGGACAAGAUGAUUUUGACUCAGCAAACCGUUCAAGCUUCCAGUCGACCUCAAUAAACAGCUUCGUGAGCAGCAGGAGUAGCAGUAUCGCUGGAACAAGCGGCUAUGAUGAGAACAAGCGUGCAGUGGAGAUCAACCCAUCAAGCAAGAAUAUUUGGCCACAUUCAAAUUAUGUUGCUAACGAAGCCAAAGACAUGUACGAGCCAUUCCUACGUACAUGCAGUGGAGGAACAAAUUCGCAAGUUUCGUUAAUGAAAAGAAAGAAUUCUCGUGUUUCUCACGGUAGUAGUGUAUGCAAUUUUACUGUAAUCUCUGACGAAGCGGAUCAAAAUGACAAACGUUGUGAUGAGGCUGUGAACAAUAGCAAUGCCAACAGGAACGCUGCGCAACGUCAUGACGGUCAUUUCGUCUCAAAUGAGUCCAUAGCCGCAAAAGGUUUCAGAGAUGGAAUGGUUACUUUGGACAAGGUAGAAAAGUUUAGGAAAUUGGGCGGAAUGAAAGAAGACACAAGUAAUAAUGUAUCUCUGGGAAUAGAUAUGACCUUGUAUAAUGAAGGCGCAUCAUGUGUAUUUGAGGACGAAAGAGGAGCAAUGCUUCCGCAGCAGAUGACUCUCAAAAAUAAGCCUAAGUUUGCUUCGCGAAUGACCACAGAAAGCCAAGUGACAGAUCACCACAACAAGUUAUUAGAGGACUUGACAUGUGGGCGGCAAGUAUGCACAAGCGAAAUGUUAAAAUUUACUUCCCCUAAACAACUCAAUGCAAACAGUAUACUCACAGUACACGCAUCCGAUAACUACAUUACAAAACACAAUACCCAGCGCAAAUCCUCCGGAACUGUUGAAGAGAGACGGACCAGUGUUUGUAUAGAAGCUGUUACUCCGUUAUACAAGAGUAGAUAUCACUCCUUAGACAAUAUUAGACGGCAGGAUAAAAUCGUUUCUCCACGUACGUUUAACACCGUGCGCCCAGCAUCGUGCAUAAUUCCAUGCGACAUGGAGACCAGCAACCGGUUUUCCGCAACCUCCAUAAAUUCUAGGCACUCGUCUACGAGGAGCUUAUAUUUCAGUCGGAAUUCGAGUGAUAACGCUGAGGCCAACAACGGUGAAUAUAGGAAAUCUUUCACUUACUUACAAUCUCCAAAAUCAACUUUGCCUAAUAGUGACAAAGAUCUUAUCAAUAUGUUAUCAAAAAGUGACAAAUGCAAAUCACCGAAAAAUCUGAUGAAAGAAAAGGAAAAGCACUCAAGUUUCCAGUCUUUAAAAAAUACUUUUCAAAAAAUUAGCCUUUUUCCUGUAAAUUUCAAAGGGCAUAAAAACAAAGUGAAUAGUUCUGUUAAUCCGAAUGACCAAAUAAUGAUUAGGAAAACAGUUGAUAAUUACGAAAUAAAUGUGGCGGGAACCGUUUCUGAUAAAUUAAUUACGUCUCCUCAAAAAUUUGAUGAAUUUCGAAGUUCCAAGAUGGGCAAGUCCUUUCUUUCACGAUAUGAAUCAAAAGACAGAAUGGAUGUUGCCAAGCUGUGUGGUUACAGUAUAAAAAUGCAUGAUGUAGCCAAGGAUGCAUUAAUGUGUCGUGACGUAUCAUUACCUGAGUUCUCGCGUCAAGGGAAUGAGAAGCACAUAAGUAUAACGCAUGUCGCACCUAAUUUUUCCAAGACUCAAAUGGACACUUCGGAAGAAAAUGAACCAGAUGGACAAAGAAUUAUCACUAGAAGAAAUAUAUUGAUAAAUUGCUUGGAAAACGAGGAUUUUGAUCCUAUUAAAAGGUGUCAAAUGCUACCAUUAAAGGAACCAAUAGUAGAAAGUGUUGAGAAAUAUGCAUCUGCCGAAAGCAAAUCCAGAGUUUUUCCGGAACAAACUGCAAGUAAAUCAUUACAAAAGGCGGAUGUCCGCAGUAAUCUUAGUAUGUUACGAAGAUCGGCAAGCUACAGAUCGUCAAAAAAUUCAAUUAAAGAGAGACCAGAAUAUCUGGAACUUACACAAAAGCUGGAAGAACAGUUUCGUAGUGGCGGAACUCCUCCUCGCAUGGCAAAUCCAAGACAAGUUGAUUUAUCAUCCAACAUGAAAAAGACGCAGCAACUAGGCACGAAUUAUGUGGUUUCCCCAAAACUACUAACUCCGUUUGAGCAAGCACCUAAACACAAAGUAACUAGCAUAAAACCAAUCAAGAAAUGCAUUAGUGAAGAAGACAAUUUACAACCAGUUAAAAGGAAGCUACUACUGGAGCUAACGGAAAGACUCUCUAAAUUCGCAGCAACUUCAGCUGAAGUGAAUCCAAUGCAGCUGCCUAUGCAACAAGAUAUUUUAAAGUCACAGAUUUUUGACUCAGGAAAGGCUGCAGAGGACAAACAUGACAAAGAAAUCACUGCGAAGGACUCCUCGAUGUCCUACAAAGAAACUGGGGCCAACACUCGUGUUCUCUCCGAGGUGAACAUUCAGCAGAACAUUACCAGAGAACCGGAUCCGGACGUAGCGGGUAGUAACCUACGUGGUCCAGAACAAAACGGCAGAUCUGUGCACUCGCAUCGUCUGGCCGCAUGUGUUGCACUGAACGGUUCUGCUUCUACAUAUUCUCCGAAUUCCUCUCAGUUUGAAUGUAUCCGUAAUUAUUUUCCAAGCCCGAGAUGGAUAUCGACUGUAUUCAACGAAGGUAACCUUUCUGCUAACACCUCGGAGUCACAGUGCCUUUUCGAAGACCCAAACCGAAUCCAGACGCAACAUUUUCACCGGCUCACUCCAGAGGAGCUUGGGCCCCUUAAUUGCGAGGAUGCAAGUCAAAUUUCCACCGAGGCAAGAGCGGACGGGCUACUUAGUGGUCAUGAUGAGACCGGAAAAUGCUGACAGAUGUUUCUAUUCGCUUUUGUUUGCCCUUAUGACCAAAAAAUCAAGGAUUUUGGCUGAAAUUCUGCAGAACAAAUGACCAAAUGGGAAUCAAAAGAACAGAUUGCUUAUUUUUUACUAUAGCACUAUGCAAAAUGUUUUUCACGUAUACGGACAUUACGAUUGACCAUAUCGACUGAACCAUGUUGUAUUUACGACUUGUAUAUAAAAAUGGUUUAGUUGCGGUGUACAACAACUUACAUAUCAAUAGACUCUGAGUACCUU